GCUAAGUUCAGUAGGCACAGCACUCUUGCUGCGAGAGAAAGAGAAUCGAAGCAAAAAAAGAUGGCUAUGCUCAGAGGCCUAUCACUCAUGCUUUCUGUCACCUUCUUCUCUGGCUGCCUCGUCUCAGUCCCUUCCCUAGCUUCCUCCGAUGGCUUCCUCCAGUGCAUCAGGGAGAAGAUACCCAGCGAGCUUGUGUACACACAGUGCAACGCCAACUUCAGCGCCGUGCUGGCCUCCUCCGUUAGGAACCCCAAGUUCUUCACCACCACCGUCAGGCCGCUCUGCGUCGUCACGCCCACCCACGCCUCCCACGUCCAGGCCGCCGUGCUCUGUGGCCGCUGGCAGGGCGUGCGCCUCCGCGUGCGCAGCGGCGGCCACGACUACGAGGGCCUCUCCUACCGGUCGGCGCGGCCCGAGGUCUUCGGCCUGCUCGACCUCGCCAACCUCCGGGCAGUGAGCGUCAACCACUGGGAGUACACGGCCUGGGUCGACUCCGGCGCCACCAUCGGGGAGCUGUACUACGCCAUCGGGAAGAAUAACCCCGAGGUCGCGUUCCCGGCCGGCGAGUGCCCGACCAUCGGUGUGGGCGGCCACUUCAGCGGCGGUGGCGUCGGCAUGAUGAUGCGCAAGUACGGCCUCUCCAUCGACAACAUCCUCGACGCCAAGCUGGUCAAUGCCAACGGGCAGCUCCUCGACAGGGCCGGCAUGGGGGAGGACCUCUUCUGGGCCAUCCGAGGCGGCGGCGGCGGGAGCUUCGGCAUCGUGCUCUCAUGGAAGGUCCACCUCGUGCAGGUCCCACCCACGGUCACGGUGUUCAGCAUCGCAAAGACGCUUGAGCAGGGCGCCAUAGACAUCCUUACCAAAUGGCAAGACGUCGGGCCAUCUCUCCCCGCCGACCUCACAGUAACGGUGAUGCUGUCGGGGCAGCAAGCCGCGUUCCGGGCCAUGUACCUCGGCACGUGCAGCUCGCUCGUGGCAACGAUGGGCGAGCGGUUGCCGGAGCUCAACAUGACGAGCGCCGACUGCCAGCCCAUGACCUGGCUCCAGUCCACGGCCUUGUCCUUCAUCACCUUCACCAACAACAAACCGCUGGAGGAGGCGCUCCUGAGCAGGACCACCAGCCUCAGCACCUUCACCAAGGUCAAGUCCGACUACGUCACGCGCGCCAUCCCCAAGACCGCGUGGAAGGACAUCUUUUCCUGGUUCGCCAUGAACGGCGCCGGCCUCAUCGUGCUCGAGCCCCACGGCGGGCUCAUGGCCACCAUCCCCGCCGCCGCAACGCCGUACCCGCACCGGAGCGGCGUGCUCUACAUCAUCCAGUACAUCGCGUUCUGGCAAGGCGACGGCGGCACGGCGGCCACCACCUGGCUCGGCAGCUUCUACGACUUCAUGGGGCACUACGUGAGCAGCAACCCGAGGCAGGCGUACGUCAACUUCCGGGACCUGGACAUCGGCCAGAACGCGGUGUCGGACGACCUCAGUACCACGUCCCAGAGCGGCAAGGUUUGGGGUGAGCGCUACUUCAUGAGCAACUACCAGAGGCUCGCGUCGGUGAAGGCAGCCGUGGAUCCAAUGGACUACUUCAGAAACGAGCAGAGCAUCCCCCCGUUGCGACCAGUCCCAGCCUACAACGACUACAACGACGACCCAAGUGAGCAGAGAUUCAUGCCACAGGAUCCCCUUAAUUAGUACAGUAAUUAAUUCGAUCCUUUUACUACUUCAAGAUGACUACGGGCCCGGAUUAGUCUACUUCCCUUGCUAUAAUAAUACUGUACAAGUUGUAUUUUCUCCUUCUCGUGGUGACUGCUGGGUGGAGACAACUUAAUUACUCUCCUUUCCAGGAUAAACAUUAUCAAGUUGUAUUUGAAUGGACUGCGAUAUGCAUGGUGAUGAUGUGGAUGCUUAUUGGGAUGCUAAUGAAAAUGACAGUCUCAGGCCAGCCGCUAGCC